UCAAAAUAGCCGCAGAGUGACGACACCGUGCAAGGCGGGUGCCAGUGUUGUGUGAACUGUGUGUGUUUCUUGUUCGGGUUUUCUUGGUCGGUGAAUGUGUUUCUCCAUCUCAAGGUGUUGCCCGUCCCGAAACGCCGAGCUAGCGGACGACCCAGUGACGGGAUACAUUCCGACGUCGCCCCAGCGGAGGAUGGUGAACUGUUGACGAUCUUCGGUGAUGCGAGUGUCGGCAAACGGCCAGUCGCGGCAUGAGUUCGGUCUGGAAGCGACUGCAGAGGGUCAACAAGCAUGCAGCCAAGUUCCAGCUGGUGGCCUCCUACCGGGAGCUGAUGGUCACCGGUAGCAAGAAGUGGCAGCCACACAAGUUACUGGUCAUAUGGACACGGAGGGGACGCCGGGUAGCCUCCCAGGCAAGGUCAUGGGAACCCACCAUCCGCGAUCCGUAUCGGGGGCGUGUUGUCUGGCCCGUGCCGGAGAACGUGGAGGUGUCCGUCACGCUGUUCCGCGAUCCCAACAGCAACGUCUUCGAGGACAAGGAUUGGAGCUUCGUCGUCGAAGAUAUCUCGGCUCAGGGCAAGCGGCGGCACAUAGCUGUUGGCGUGGUCAACGUGGCCAAGUUUGCGCGGCCCGAUCCGACGCAGACGGAGGUGGUGCUGCACAUGCGGCCACUGACACCCAAGUGCACUGAGGCACAGCUGCUGCUCACUCUGUCGUGCAGCCUGCUGCGCGAGGGAAAGGCCACAGAUGAGGACAUGCAGAGCAUAGCGAGCUUGCUGAGCGCAGCACCCCUGGCGGCACCGGACUACGCCAACCUCGAGGACUUUGAGGAGGAAGCGUCUCCGCAGGCCUCGGCCCAGCUCUCGAGGCUGGCGGCCGACUGCUCGAGCCUCUUGAGCGGCGGCGACAGUAGUCCUACACCAUCUCCAGCCAUCACGGACAGCGACAUCGACCUGUCACUGCGGAGCCAAUCUGCCGCGGUGAUGGUCGUCCAACCACCGCCUCCGCCUCCCGAGCCUCCAGAACCCGACAAGAACCUCAGCGAACAGGCCGAAGCUAUGGCCAAAAGCCGGGAAGUGCCAUCGGAGCCGGGCGAGGACUUGCUGUCAUGGAGCCAGCGCAUGACCGACGGCUAUGAGGGGGUCAAGGUGACCAACCUGACCACCUCGUGGCGCAACGGCAUGGCCUUCUGCGCUCUCAUACACCGCUACAAACCCGACCUCAUCGACAUGGACUCCCUGUCGCCCCACGACAUCGCAGGCAACUGCAAGAAGGCGUUCGAGGCAGCGGCGUCCCUGGGAGUUUCUCGGCUCCUGGAUCCGGCCGACAUGGUUCUUCUGACGGUGCCGGACAAACUCGUUGUGGCCACGUACUUGCACCAGCUGCGGCAGCAGCUGACCGCACCCCCCGAGCUGCAGCGGCCCCUGCACGAUACGCCGCGCCCAUCUCCGAUCUCCUCCACAGCCAACGACAAGGCGGCGACAGCAGCGUCGAUGCCUGCAGAAGCAAUAACGAGUCCCGAAUCCGCCUCAACGCCUGUAAGUAAUGCCAGCAACGUGCCUUCCCCUCCGCCGGCAGACGCCCUCCCCACCGAAGAACACCAAAACAAACAAGGCUCGAGCGAAAGAAUACCAAACAAACUACGGUCGUCAACAGAAGGAAGUCCAAACAAAGAGAGCUCCGCGGAACAAAGUUUAAGCAGGCAAGCAUCGACGGAGGAAAGUUCAACAAGGCGAGAGUCGAGGGAAAGGAGUUUAUUAAAAAAGCAAGGGUCAGCGGAGAAGAUCGGAAACAAGCAGGAGUCCGCCGAGAGGAACUUAAAAAAGCAAGACUCCGCGGAAAAGAAUGCAAGCAGGCAAGGUUCGACGGAGAGAGGCCUAAGCAAGCGGGGCUCGGCAGAGAGGAGUCUUAGUAGACAAAGUUCGGCGGAGAAGAGUUCGAUGGAACAGCCGUGGACCGAGAGAAUCCUUAAAAUAAAGAUUCCCGGGAGUGACAAGGCGGUUGCGAAGGAUUUGCCUAAGGAUACGAGUGCCAAGAUGAGUCCCACUCCGAAGGAUGAUGCACAGACGGGGCCGCCGCUCAUGACACGGCAACAGCUAAUGAACCCUUUCGACUCGGAUGAAGAGGACACUGAGAAGACAGGUGUCGAGACGCAAGAAGCCGUACCUGAGAAGCCGGAGACACGUGUGCCGUGUCGGGUGCUGGACCUGUCGCCGACGAGGCAACCUUCGCCACCGGAUGCCCUCGUGUCACCGCUCAUCGAUCCCAAGAAGGCAAGUGUCGCCAGGCCGUCCAGUCGGCUCGUCGAGCUGCAGGAACGGGCACGCAAGCUGCUGGAAGAGGCCCGCCAGCCGCCGGCCGGCCGCGAGCUUAGCCCGGGCUCGCUGGAGGAGCGGCAGCACCAGGAGCAGCUGCGGGAGCGGGCGCGGCGCAUCAUCGCACAGGCCCGGCAGGGGCACCACCACAACAACAACAAUAACAACGUCAGCGAGCCCAGCACUCCCGACACGCCCGGCGCUCAGACCGCGAACGGGAUCAAGGAGUCGGCCGAGGACGCGGCCAGUCGGGAGGACCUGAAGGCCCGCCAGACCCCUUCGUGGAGUGUACGACUUUCCGAGGGUAGCUCCUUGCGGCCUGCCAGGUUUCAUCAGUUCCAGAAGAGGCGCAUAGGUGGAAUCUGCAUAGUGUGUCAAAUCUGCAAAGCAUCAUCUAGUAGACACAGAAGACUUUUCCACUGCUCCGAGGACUCCGAGCGGUCUGAGGAACUAAGUCGAGAUAGUGAGCUGUCCAGUACUUCACGGCGGCGGCAGACCUACGUAGAGCUGGAGCUGGAGGCCCUGGAGCGCGAGCGGCAACGGGUGGACGCCCAGGCCGAGCGUUUCGAGCCCUACCUGCGGCAAGUCAUGAAGAGCGGUGACCAGGAAGAAGAGGACCGCUGCAUGCAGAAGUGGUUUGCCCUGGUCAACGAAAAGAAUGCACUAAUCCGACGGCAAAUGCAACUUAAUUUACUGGAGAAAGAGCAGGACUUGGAGCGGCGCUUCGAGAUGCUCAACGAGGAACUCCGGGGCGUGCUUCAGCUCCAAGACUGGCAGAAGACGGACGCCCAGCGUAGCCGGGAGGCCCUGCUGCUCGAGGAGCUGGUGGCGCUGGUCGACAAGCGAGACGAGCUGGUGCAACAUUUGGAUUCUCAGGAGAAGGCCAUCGAGGAGGACGAGAUGAUGGCAUUGGCCACCAGGCGGCAGCGGCUUCCCCCGGAGCGCAACAACUGCAGACUACAGUGACCUCCGGUGACGAGAAACUACGAGAUGGAACGAAGAAGAAGAGGAAUAGACGCGAUGCUUCGCAGCAACAACUUGCCUCCCGUUUUUGUUUUUCUUUUCGUCCGCCAGGCGGCGGCGCGCCAGACAACAAUAAACCGUCAGCAGCCAAUUAGAAA